AUGGACGGUAGUGUAGAUUCAAACCAAGCUCAGCCGUUGGUAACUGUUGGAAGUCUGUACCGGUUAGGCCGCAAACUGGGCAGCGGAUCCUUUGGAAAAAUCUACUAUGCAAUCAACUCGCAGAACGGACAAGAAGUGGCCGUGAAGACUGAAGAGCAAAGUGGUCGUCAUCCGAUGCUGCUCUAUGAAGCCAAACUUUUGAAGCACCUCGAAGGAGGACAAGGUAUUGCACAUGUCCACUACUCGGGAAGUGAAGGUGGUUUCAAUGUCAUGGUCAUGGAUCUCCUUGGUCCAUCUUUGGAGGAUCUCUUCAGCAGCUGCCAGCGGAAAUUUUCCGUGAAGAGUCUCAUGCAGCUUGCGGACCAGAUGAUCACCAGACUCGAGUAUCUUCAUUCCAAGGACUUCAUCCACCGGGAUUUGAAACCCGACAACUUCACGAUUGGAUUGGGCAGCGCUUCCAACUUGGUGUAUUUGAUUGAUUUCGGGCUAGCAAAGCGCUUCUGCGACUCUAAGGGCAAACACAACCCAAUCUGUCAACGCAAAAGCUUGACGGGGACAGCCCGAUACGCAUCAGUCAAUGCCCACAAGGGAUUAGAACAGAGCCGUCGCGAUGACAUGGAGGCGCUGGGCUACAUCCUACUCUACUUCAGCCGUGGUGUUCUGCCAUGGCAGGGCCUGCAGGCAGAGACAAAGGAAAAGAAGUACCAGAAAAUCAUGGAGGUCAAGCAAUCGACAAGUCUAGAGACUCUCUGUGAUGGUGCCCCUGUUCCACUUGCAACUUAUGUUAAGUAUUGUCAGUCGCUGGACUUUACAGAGCGCCCAGACUACUCCUUCCUGAAGCGCCUCUUUAAGGACUAUAUGAAAGACGCAGGCAUGCAACACGACAAUGUGUUCGAGUGGUCUGAACGGGAAGUCGGUGUUCGAUUUACUGCCUCGGAAGGCGGUGUGAGGCAGAGGCGCUCAAGACGAGGUGCAUCAGGACGCGAAGUAUCAAAUUCGGCUGCCUUUCAGACUGAAGGACGUACGAGCAUUAGAACUUUCAGCAGAUUUACAUCGCCUCGCGACACAAAAGAGUUUGUCACAGAUGGCAAAGGUUCCACCCCACCAUUUCCUGGCGCGAAGGGCGACGAAAAGACUCGAAGUCGUCCCGGCUUGUGUCUUACAUUCGGCCAAAAAUGGCGCAGCAUAGAGCUAUGCCGUUCUGACCGUAUCAUUAGAAAUGAGGAGUCUAAGGCACGAAGGGACCAGCCGAAGAAGUCAUUGAGCUCGGCGGUCCAGGUCCCUCAGGGACAGGAGUUGCAGGACUGGACGCUUCAUCAGGUGACCAUUGCCGGUCACGGGUGCGUCCGGGGGAACUUGACCAUUGGCAGCGUGAGGCAGCUUGGCUCAGACCAUGGCGCUGGCGAUGACAAUGCCAUGUUAAGUCGGGAGAGUGUCCCUUUGCACGAUGAAAUUCCCGUGUUUGCUGAAUUGGCAGCUAUCCGAGUAUCGAAUGAGAAAGUUGAGCCCUGGCAAGAUGACUUGUACAUGCCAGCUAUUGUGCGGCCCCAGUCGCGACAGCCGCCGCAACCACCAUCAAGGCACCUUGAUCACCACGUUGCAUGGCAUGGAGCCAGCGAGGAGUUGGCCAGGAAGACUCUGCUGGGUUCAGCAGACAUGCGCUUGUGGGUGGUUCAGCAGGACCCAGUUGUAGUGGCAGCUCCGGAGACGCCAGUGUCUCCAUCCUCACCAAGCAAACUCCUCUACAAUCUGAGCUCAGCCCUGGACAAAGCAGACUGCUCAGCGAUAUCGGAAGGUGAAGCCGACACCAUGAAAGCCGACGUUGUGAUUUCAAUUGCGAAACGUAAGCAGAGGGUGAAAGCUUUUUUGUGCCACAAGCACAUCUUGAGCCGUGCGUCGCUGACCUUGCGCUACAGAAUCAAAACUGCCGAAGCUGCACUGCAAGCAAAGGGCCUAAGGCCUUUGCCCCAGUUCGAGCCAAGAGAGGAAGCGGCCGAAGGAAGGCAAAAGGAAAGGGCUCAAAAAGUUGCAAGACCACCAAGGAAAUUUCAGCCACAGAAGCUGCGUGUGUCGCGGCCGUCCAUUUUGGAAUUCAAAUUGAGUAUUCGUGAAGAUCCAAGUGCUUUUGCUGAUAUCUUGGCGCUGCUGUACGGGAUGCCCCUGAAGGUGACGCACGGGGAAAUGAAGAGGUGGUGUACGAAACGUUGGUGGCCAGCACUUGCCUUGUCCAAAGAACUCCAACUUCCUGAUAUUGAAGCAGGUCUCAGGAAAAUGAUUCUGGAUUUGCCCAACCAAGUUCCACUUGACAUGACGUGGGCAUUGCUGUCAUUGGCCCAUGCGCACAACCUGAAAGAGGAGACGCAUCACUGCUCAGAGGUCUUGGCACGACAUAGUGCCAAGUGUCGCUUGGCAACCUUGCCCGUCUUGCAUGCACUUCAUGUGGAUGCUUUGACCCAUUUACUUUGCAGUGAUGCCUGGAUUGUUUCGAUGGAAGCCGAACUUUUCUCACCUCUCCAGACUUGGUUGAAGGGGCAGCCGUGGGUCAACUGGGCCAAGAGGGACAGGGACAAGGAGAAGGUCGUGGCUCCCCCGGAGGUUUUUGCAGCCUCCGCCAAGUGGGGUAUCCGCUGGGGUCAUGUGCAUGCCAAGUUGAUGGAGAAGUUGAUGAGCAAUUCAAUUGUCCCGGAAACACUGGCGAGUGACAUUGACAGGUGGCGCUCCUCUGCAGGAGUUGUUUUGCCUCCAUUGCCCCUUGAAUUUGCCCAAGAUGACCGGAGAAGCAGUCAAAAGGAGGCUGAAAAGAGUCUUCUGGAUUCGCCACGCAGAGGCAGCAGUCGAAAGGAACGCAAAAAAACGAGGAACAUUGAAGAUCUGAAGCAGGGGCCAUCCUCUGAUGACCAAACGAGUGGUGCAGAGCGAGCCGUGAGCCAAAGUCGCUCACGGAUCUUCUGUACCAAUCUCGCCUGA